AUGGAUCAAAUAUUAGCAAAAGCUUCAAACCAAGUAGUAUCAUUUGCUAUAAGAUCAGGUAUAUCAAUUGCAUCAGGUUAUGCAAUAAAAUCAAUAUCAACAUUUCUUGAUAAAAUUCCAGAAUCUCAACAAAAACAAUUAUUAAAACAACGUCAUAAAUUAAAAAUUAAAAUUAAUAUAAUAAAUAUAACAAUAAAUCUUAUAAAAUUAGCAUCAAGUAAAGGAAAUACAAUAUUAGAUUCAACAUUAGAUUUAAUUGAUGAUUUAUUAUUACAAUUUGAAGAUUUUGAUGAAAAUUUAAAUUUUAUAGUUAAUAAUCUUUCAACAAAGAAUACAAAAGAAAGUAUAUUAAAAGUUGAAACAUAUAUGAAUAAUUUAUUGGUUGAUAUAAAUGAAGCAAUACCAAUAUUAAAUUUAUCAUUAAUUACUUCUGGAAUAAAUUUAAAUGGUUCAUUAAAUUUUAAUCAAAUUUCACCAGGUAGAUUAUUACAAGCAUCAAAUUAUAUAAAUAGUAGUAAUAAUAGAAUUGGUCCAAAAUUUGAUUUAAAACUUUAUACAAUAUUUUAUAAUCCAAGUAGACUUAAAUAUGUUGAUGAAGGAGAUGAAGAAUUUAAUGAAUUAGAUUGUAUAUCAUGGAAAGAAACAUUUGCAAGGUGUACAACUACUAUUAAUAGAGUUUCGAAUUUAAAAUAUCAAUAUACGUUGAAAAUAAAAGAAAAUUUUAAUGAUGAUAGAUAUCAUGAAGACGACUCAAUUCCAAUCACCAAAGAAAUUAAUAUUCAAAAUAUUCAAAGUAUGUUUUUUACUGCUUCAGGAAAUUUAUUAAAAUUAGAAAAUAAUAAUUCACCUGUAUUAAUUUUGAAAUUAAUUGAUAAACAAGAUAAUGAAGAAUGGAUUGCACUAGGACAAUUAAGUAAAAAUGAAUUUGAUGAAGAAGAAGAGGAAGAAGAAGAUGAUGAUGAUGACGAAAAUGAGGAAGAAGAAGAAGAAGAGAAAGAUAAAGAAGAAACUGAUGAUAAUGAUGCAGAAGAACUAAAAAAACAAUCAAAUUCAUUAUCAUUAUUAGAAUAUAUAAUAAAAUUAUCAAAAUUACAACAAAUUGAACAAAAAAAUAUUUUAAAUAUACCAGAUGAAAUUUUAAAAUUAUAUUUAAUACAAGACAACACUAGUGAAAAUAAUAGAGCUAUUUCAUCAACUGAUUUAAAUUACCCAAAAUCUAAAAAACAAAUUUCAAAAGAAGACAAAAUAAAAUCUAAAGUGAAUUCUAAAAUUGAUUUAGAUUCAAAUACUAAUAGAUUAAAAAAUUUAAAAAUUAAUAAGUGA